GCCUCUUCUUCUCUGUUGCUCUCUCUUAAUCUCUCUACCCAAAACACAGAUUCACUUUCCUCUUCUUUUCUUCCAAAUCGAGAGCAAAAGGGUUUGAUUGAAGAGUUGUUGGUAGUAAUACUAAUUCGAUUGGUGGAUUCAGAAUCAGCCGAAAAGUCCCGUUUGCUAGGUAAUAAAGUUAGAAAACAUUUUCAUCCGCGCCGCAGUAUAAACCCUAGAAAGAGAGCUAGACACUGAGAGUAGUAAGAGAUGAACCCAAUGGACAAGAUGGAAGAAGAAGGUGGAUUUGCAGAAAAGAAACAAAGCCAAGAGAUAUCAGAUGUUUUUAUUGUAAAGCCAAGAGAGAUCUAAGAAAUCUCUCAUCGCAUCUCAUCUUCAAACUCAUCACAAGGAAGAGAUUGAAAUGAAUGGAAUCGACGAAAAUGAAGAGGCAAAAUCAGAUACUACUUGUCAGGAGUGUGGUGCUAGUUUUCAAAAGCCAGCUCACUUGAAACAACAUAUGCUGAGCCAUUCUCUUGAGGUAUUAUAGAAAGCGCUAUCUUAAUUUGGUUUUAUAUUCUGCAACUUAACCUAAUUCAGUGAUUCACCAUAUUGUUUGUUAAUUCUACUAGUAUAUGCAGAAUUGUUAAGAAUCACUACAUCAAUGAUUCAUUCUGUGGCGUUUUUUUGCUGGAAACUUUGUAUUAUAAAGCUUGGUUGGUGAGUGUGUAUCUGUUGAUAUUUAUGGUCUACAAGUGUUUUAAAAUAAACUGAUUUUGCAGGGCAUAAAAUUUUUAAUGGUCAACAUACUUGUUGAUGAAUAUACGAUGUGAAUCAUUGUGAGAAACUCCCGAAUGCAAUGAGAACUUGAGUGGUCUAGUAGCAGGUUGGGGGACCACCUGUGAAGCUCCAUCAAGUGAGGCUCGGUUUCAAGCUGCUUAAACUUUUGAGCUGAAGGAAUCGUCUAUGCUAAAGCUGGAUAAAAUCUGUAGGCAUUCUGAUGUUAUGUAGGUGGUUGCACGCUCUUAUGGCCUAACUGGUCUUGUGAGGAUUAGUUUAAAGGAAUACACAUGAUUGAAUCGAAGCCUGAUCAUUUCUUGGAUGAUCUCCGAUUAAAUAAUCUAUGGCCUGAACUCAAGCGAUUAGAUCAAUUAAUAGUGGUGGUACGAUGGCAUCAAAGGAGAAUUCAGAAGGAAUUGAAAGACCUCGAAAGAGAUCUACCCAUUUCCUGCAGUGCUGGUCCUGUAGCUGAGGAUAUGUUUCAUUGGAAAGCCACCAUAAUGGGACCAUCAGACAACCCUUUUGGUGGUGGUGUUUUUACCCUUUCAAUCCACCAAAGGUUUGCAGAAGAGUGGGAAAAUGCACAUAAUGGUUCUCUACCUUCAACCAGAGAGGAGAAAAGAGAGUUUAAGGUCCCCUUGGCUUAUGAACUAUCUGUGAACUGAUUGGCAUCUGAUUGUUG